GUGACUCGGCCUGAUUCAGACGCUGCCCCGCCGCCGGGACUCUGGUCCGGCCGCCGCGGGGGCGGGCGGGCGGGCGGGCGGCGGGUGACUUCAUCGGCGCUUCCUGGCUGGCGGCGGCGCAUAAAAGGGCCAGGAGCCACCAGCCGCGGCAGCACAGCCCGCUCGCCGGCCCCGCUUCUCCUCCGUGCCUGUCCAGGGAGAGGAUGAUGCCGCCGCCGCCGCUACCCCGCCUGGCCCUGCUGCUGGCCGCCUUGGCCCUGGCCGCCGCCGUGCAGCCGCCCCCGCCCCCGCCGGACGCUUCCCGCCUGGCCCACCGCGCCGCCGACUUGGGCGCCCGCGUCUUCCGCGAGGUGGUCCGCCGCUCCCCGGAUCGCAACGUGGUCUUCUCGCCCCACGGCGUGGCCUCCGCCCUGACCCUGCUGCAGGCGGCGGCGGCGGGAGAGACGCGGCGCCAGCUGGAGGCCGCCCUGGCCUUCGACCUGAGCGAGAAGUGGGUCCCCAGAGCCCUGCGCUGGCUGCAGAAGGCGCUGACAGACCCCGGCAACCAAGACCUGGUGGGGAUGGCGGACGCCCUCUUUGUGCAGCGGGACCUGCCCCUGACCCCCGGGUUCCUGCCCAGGUUCUACCAGGUGUUCCGCCAGAUGGUCAAGCAGGUGGACUUCACGGAGAGCGAGCGGGCACGCCACAUCAUCAACGACUGGGUGCAGCAGCACACGGAAGGGAUGAUCCAGGACUUCCUACAGGAAGGGACCCUGGACGAGAUGACCCGGCUGGUGCUGGUCAAUGCCGUCCAUUUCAAGGGCCGCUGGAGGACGCCAUUCCCAGAGGCCGCCACCCGGCAGCGCCUCUUCCACAAGCUGGACGGGAGCUCCGUUUCUGUGCCCAUGAUGGAGCAGACUGGCAAAUUCUGCUACGGUGAAUUCUCCACCCCGGACCAAGUGGAGUACGACGUCCUCGAACUGCCGUAUCACGGGGAGACUCUGAGCAUGUUCAUCGUUGCCCCUUUCGAGAACGCCCCCCUGUCCGCCCUGACGGCUGCCCUCGAUGCCCGGCUGGUGGCUGGCUGGAAGAGCAGUUUGCUGUGUGCCACCCGACUCCUGGUGCUGCCCAAAUUCACCCUGGAAACUGAAUGCGACCUGCGGGAGCCGCUGCAGGCCCUGGGCCUGGGGGCCAUGUUUGACGCCCAAUCCGCCGACUUCAGCAGGCUCUCAGACCGAGAGUCACUCUUUGUGGCCCAGGCGCUGCAGAAGGUGAAGAUCGACGUGAACGAGAGUGGGACGGAGGCGGCCUCUGCCACAGCUGCUGUGAUCUAUGCCCGGAUGGCCCCGCUGGAGCUUGUGAUGGACAAGCCCUUCCUGUUCGUGGUGCAACACAAUCCGACUGGUGCUAUCCUUUUCAUGGGGCAGGUGAUGGAGCCGUGAUGCCUGGUUGCCAGCCUGAACUGAGUCGUACUGGUGCUGGAGGGAUCCCGCGCUCCCCUCUGCUGUCACAUUUCUUUCCCCAAGAGACAUGGUGCUAACUCUGCUGACAGGAGGGGGAGGCCCUUUGCCCUCUGGAGAUCCGGAGCAGCCAGGAAGGGGGGGGGGUUCCUGCUGGACAGCCAUUGGCUCUCUCAGAGGCUUCUGUUUUUGAGGAAGGGCCCAGCCAAGAUGCCUCCACUGCCUGUUCCACCUCCACCAGAGCUGGGCGAGGAAGGCAGCUCGCCAGACCACAAAACUCUGCCCCCCUGGCCAGGAUGCCUGCCGGCAGCAGGGGCACCCUGCGGAGGUCAAGAAACCCACUGAUGCCUCACUUCUGCCUCUCGCUGGAGCGCCCUUUCUUCAUAGGGAGUGUUUACAAUAGAGGACAAUUGCUUGUUUCUUCCCCUACUGAGUUGGAACAGGCCCCUUGAACAUUUUGAACGAAGUGUGUUCUCAUUGUGCACUACCAAGAUGCAAAUAUGUGAUGGGGCAAUGAGAUUUAAUAUAUCUUACUGUAAUUUGCACUUUAUGAACAUGUUAAGAACAUAAGAAGGAGCCUGCUGGAUCAGACCAGAGUCCAUCUAGUCCAGCACUCUGCUACUCGCAGUGGCCCACCAGGUGCCUUUGGGAACUCACGUGCAGGAGGUGAAAGCAAUGGCCUGCUGCUGCUGCUGCUCCCGAGCACCUGGUCUGCUAAGGCAUUUGCAAUUUGCAACAUUUGCAAAUGUUGUGGUGUGUAUGUCUGUGUGAUGGGUAGUUGGAUGGAAGUACUUCCUCCUCCUUGUUUUGAUGAAGCGCGACAAGGUCACCUGGGAACCAUCACUUGAACUUUUGCUCAAGAAGCACAAGGACGGUGCUGCGAAAGAUCCGUUCCUUCACCACAAUUGGCGGCUGCGCUUUCCUUAGCCACUGAAGUCCAAGACUGCUUUGCCUGUAACUCCAUUUGUGAAGCCUCUCCUCACCAGCACUGUGUUAGUGCAAACUCCACAAGGGACUGGAGUGCUGAGGACACAGCAGUGCCAACUGUCCACUGUCCUGGAGGGCGGCAUCCUUCCACGUCGGCAUCUCUGGUGCCAGGCGUUGCAACCUUCUUCACACUGACUUCUUCAGGUCACUUUGUCAACAGGUCAACUCAGAAAUGUUGAGUGAAUUCCUUUCCCUUUGGGGCAUUUAUCCAGAAAUGGAAAAAUGGUUAUGGGAAAAUGUUGGCAACACGUCUGAUCCAGGCAAACAUACUGCAGCCUUCUACGCCAGCUCAGGCACAGAUGAGUUCCAAUGAUGGAGAAAUGACUGACAUGAGUAGCUAAUAAAUGGGUUUGCUUUUCACUGUUUUGAGUUAACUCUCAACUCAGUGUCAGCAUUUCUGUGACACUGUAAGAUGCUGACAUUAUUUCUCAGGGGGUUGCCUUGGGAGACCACCUCCAUCUUUAUUUCACUUUAUUUCCCCAGUUUCUUGUUUUGGUUAGAGUGGCUGAGCUGAUUUCUGUGCAAAAGGUGGUUUACUUUCGAAUCAGCUGAGCUGCUACAGGGCGUCAUGCCACAUGCCGGACAGGAAAAGGCAGAGGCUGUAGUGAGAUCCUUUGUAAUUGCCUCUGCUUAUCAUGUGCAAAAUGGUCUCUAUACUGUGAUAUCAAACUUUCUACAAUAGCCUAAAGUGCCUUUUGAUUUUUGGAACACCUUGAGAUAGUGAGCUCUGCUCUCUGUUGGAUUGUUCUCUGUACAGACAAUAAACCUCCUAUAUUUUCCUUA